AUGAUGAUGGAAGUAACCGAUGGAUUGGUAACUAUUCCGAGCCCAUGGGAUCGCAUUAACAUACUUUCGAAGCUUACAUUCGGUUGGUUGUGGAGUCUAUUCAUUCGGGCGCACAAAAAGGACCUCGAGUUCAGUGAUCUCUACCGCUGCCCAAAAUCAGAUGAGACACAUCGGGUCCGACAGAAGCUGCAAAUCAAAUGGGAUAAACAAUUGAAAAGUAAAGGAAAGCCAUCGCUAUUUUGGGCACUUUUCGCAUCAUUCGGACCAGAAAUCAUUGUCCUCUAUAUCCCUGACGCUAUUAAAGAAGUUGGGUUGAACUUGUUUAGGCCGUAUUGUAUUGUUUAUUUAGUGAGAUAUUUCAACAAAGACCCCAACACUAGCCAGUGUUGGGCCAUAUGGGCGGCCGUGGGUAUAGUGUUGGCGUCAAUUGGCACCAUGUUUAUUGACGACUCGCUAAUACCGAAUUGCCACAGAGUUGGUGCCAGAAUCCGUGCCGCCUGUUGUGCCCUCAUUUAUCGAAAGUCAAUGCGUUUAAGUCAUUCAUCACUUCGACAGACAACUGUUGGCCAGAUAUUGAACAUUAUGUCCAACGAUGUCAACAGAUUUGAUGAUUUUGUAUUAUAUUCUCGAUCAUUGUUUGUGGCGCCACUGCAGACGGCGAUUGUGUUAUACCUGUUGUGGUCACACUUGCGGUGGGCGUGUUUGGCGGGAAUGGGAAUACUUGUGCUGUUUAUACCAUUUCAAGUACUAAUGGGUCGUAUGUUUCGG